AUGGCUCAAAAAUAUGUGCCGAAGGCGGCGGAGGUCUGCGAGAAGUCUCUGAAGGAGUUCAUAUCUGCCAUCGGAAAUGUCAACAAAUUAGUGGUACUUACAGGAGCCGGAAUUUCUACAGAAUCCGUUCCAGGUAUACCGGAUUAUCGGUCGAAAGAUGUCGGAUUAUACGCACGAAUCGCUCACAAACCAAUCUAUCAUCAGGAUUACAUGCGUUCGAAUCGCUGUCGACAGAGAUACUGGUCGCGUAACUUUCUAGCCUGGCCGAGAUUCGGACAAGCUGCUCCAAACAUCAAUCACUACUCCCUGGCAAAAUGGGAGGCAUCGGAUCGUUUUCACUGGCUUAUCACACAGAAUGUGGAUGGUCUUCAUCAUAAAGCUGGGUCAAACAUGGUUACCGAACUUCAUGGCAACGCUCUUCAUGUCCACUGUACCACAUGCGAUUAUACUGAGUCAAGACACGACUACCAAGAGAAACUGGAUAAAGCAAAUCCAGGAUUCAAGGACACGUAUGUGGCAUCUGGAGAGAUCGCGCCAGAUGGAGACAUCAUUUUGCCAUUGGGAACUGAGAAAGGUUUCAAAAUUCCGGAGUGUCCGUGUUGUGGCGGUUUGAUGAAGACAUCGGUCACCUUCUUUGGUGACAAUGUGAAAAUGGAUAAGGUCAACUUUUGCUACGAGAAAGUGGACCAAGCUGAUGGGAUUCUUGCUCUUGGAACAUCACUUGCCGUUUUGUCCGGCUUCCGGUUUAUCCAUCAUGCACACCUGCAAAAGAAGUCAAUAUUCAUUGUGAACAUCGGACCAACCCGUGCCGACCACAUGGCUACUUUGAAACUGGACUACAAGAUAUCCGACGUUCUCAGUGAAUUGUGA